UCCCACAUUGUUGAGGAACAGCGGUUCGGGUAUUAUCGAUGGUAAACUUUAUAAAAGUGACAUUUAAUUAAGUGUUAUUGAGCUUAUGUCAAAUUAAUAACAAUUGAGAUGUAUUUAUAGUUUAAUAUUUAAUGUUUAGUGUUGAUCGCUUACCGGUUUUUUGGUGACACCGAGUAAAUAAUAAGCGAGUUUGUCUCAGCGCAGUCGCUGCCGGUUUGAUUUGCGGGAAUAUUUCACCACGAGAAGCUUUUUAUUCCGAACUCCGGAAUGAAGUGUCAUUACGAGGUGCUGGGUGUGAAAAGGGACGCCGAAGACGAUGAGCUGAAGAAAGCAUAUCGCAAACUCGCUCUCAAAUGGCAUCCAGAUAAGAAUCUGGAGAACGCCGAGGAGGCAGCGGAGCAGUUUAAACUGAUCCAGGCAGCGUAUGAUGUUCUCAGUGACCCACAGGAAAGAGCCUGGUACGAUAACCACCGGGAGGCGCUGUUGAAGGGCGGAGUCAGUGGAGAGUACCAGGAUGAUAGCAUAGAUCUCCUGCAGUAUUUCACUGUAACCUGUUACUCGGGUUAUGGAGAUGACGAGCAGGGCUUCUACACGGUCUACAGGAACCUGUUUGAGUCCAUCACGAAGGAGGAACUGGAGCACAGUAAAGAGGAGGACGAUGAGUGUGAUGAUUUUCCCACAUUCGGAGACUCUGAGAGUGACUACGAUACGGUGGUGCAUUUGUUCUACGGUUGCUGGCAGAGUUUCUGUACUCGGAAAAACUUUGCGUGGAAGGAGGAAUACGACACUCGGCAGGCGUCGAACCGCUGGGAGAAGAGAGCCAUGGAGAAAGAGAACAAAAAGACACGUGACAAGGCAAGGAAGGAACGCAGCGAGCUUGUGCGCCAACUAGUGGCCUUUGUGCGGAAACGUGACAAACGAGUGCAGGCUCACAGGAAACUGGUGGAGGAGCAGAAUGCAGAAAAAGCCAAGAAAGUGGAGGAGCUCAGGAGGAAACAGAAACAGGAGCAGGCUAAGCUAGUGGAGGAAUAUAAGGAACAGAAAUGGUCUGCGAUGGCUGGACUGGAGCAGGAACUACAGCAGAUGGAGCUUCAGUACGGACGAGAGUUUGGAGACACAGACGAAGAGGUCGAGGAGGACAGAGCGGACACGGACGCUGUGGAUGGAUCCGAUGAGUUAAACGACCUUUAUGAUGAUCUUUACUGCCCUGCCUGUGACAAAUCCUUCAAAACUGACAAAGCGAUGAAGAACCACGAGAAAUCCAAAAAGCACAGAGAGAUGGUGGCUCUGCUCCGGCAGCAGCUUCAAGAGGAGGAAGAGUCUCUGAGUCUAAACUCUGGAGAGAGAGACGGCGAGGAAGAAGAGGAAGACGACGAUGAGGAGAGGGAGGAUGCGCCCAGGCAGAAAUUGUCAAAGAAACAGAAGAAGAAGAAGCGACAGCAGAAAAACAUGAACAACUUUCCAGAAGAGCCAGCGGCUGGGAGUCCAGCUCCAGACUCCACCGAUGACAUCAUCACUCCUCCUCACCAAUCAGGAGAUAAUGAGGAUGACACGGCCGGCUCCGAGGAGGCUGCAGAGGAAGUGAAGAAAGACGAACCUGGACCCAGUAAAAGCUCUGGGAAGACAAAAGGCAAAAAAGCUGGAAAAGACUCCAAAAAGAACAACAAAGCCCAUGUAGGUGGAGACGCCAACCAAGAGAAGGAGGUGAACCUGCGCUGUAUGAUCUGCCAUUUUGAAUUCACCACCAGGAACAAACUGUUUGAUCACCUGAAGACGACGGGUCACGCCACCGCUCUGCCGUCCAGCGCCGCCAUGAACACCACGAGCAAGAAGAAGAGGAAGAACAGAUGACCAGAGCAGCAGCAGUAUAAUUAAUGUGAUUAAGACUGAAGCAGCUUCUUGGUGGAAAGGGUUUUCUAGAGAGUCCAUCAGUCAGUGGACGCGCGUGUGUGUGUGUGUGUGUGUGUGUGUGUGUGUGUGUGUGUGUGCGUGCCUUCUACUCCAGCAUGCUAAUCCUACCAGCUGUUUUUUCAGGAAUUGCUAAACAACCUGUAUUUAUGCAGAUAAACAGCACACAGGACUGGAACACACACACACACACACACACACACACACACACACGGUUUCUCUCUGUGAGAGAAAGUUGAAGUUAAAACGCAAGAGAAAAAUCAUCAUUUUUGCUGCUACUGUUCAUCAAGACGUGAUUAUAAAACGUGAUCAUGAAUGAAUCCAUUGAUGCCUGAGUAUUUCACCUGGAAAUAAUAAUGUUGCUAUGGUAACCAGA